CACCCGGUAGCCCGUAACUCCGUCCCCCGGGAAUAAAUUCCACCCGUCGGCUGCCAUGCUGCGACUCCAACCCUGUGCCCGCACUGGAGUGUUGCCGGCGGCGACAGGGAUCCUCCAUCUCGGAAGAACAUUUCGCCCGAUAUGCCCGCUUUCUUUCUUUUUCCCUUGUUUUCAAGGCAUGACAUUCCUCCGCGAUACGAGGCGCCUGGGCUGGGGUGUCAAUGUGAUUAUAAAUCUGAGUUGUGGAGUUAAGGGAUAUGAGCAGGCUAUACACAGGUAUCAUGCUGUGGGGCACUUGCGAUAACAGGAGAAGAGCAGAGAAGGGCCAUGUCUGAUGGCGCAUGUUACAAUACAGUGCCAUUGGGUCUUGUUUUGUUUGGAAAGGGUUAGGGCCCGUGAUCCCGGUUGACAUGCACCCUCGGCCUUGUCUUACCCAGUCAGCCUGAGAUUAUUGGGGACUGCCAACUAACUUACGACUUUGAUGAUGGCAUGAUCUGUGUUUACCGUGCUUUUACGUUCUGUCAAUUUUCCCGUGCUGUACCGGUAUACAGGUAGGAUUACCGCAAAAACUCGAAUACAGGAUCAAUGUGCUAAGUAGUUGUCUCUCCUAAAUUUAGCGAGGCUCAGUAGUGCAUAUUUCUUUUGUUUUUUUGUCAACCGAGGGCUGAACUUGCAGUUUUUUUCCUAUAGUCGCCGAGGAGGGGAGUUCUAACUUCCAGGCACAUUUUUUCUUCUAUUCGAGUGGCUCCGGUGCGGUACCGGAGCUGGUUUGUUGGACCCUGUCUGUGCAGACUGGUGCGUCGGGAUUUCCUACCCCCACCACCCUUGCAGGGGGGCUUAUUUGGAUGAUGAUAUAGUGCAUUUGUAAGAGCGAGACUUAGUGAUAGGUCCGGAGGUAUGGUUCGGAAGCGGGGGGGGGAGCAGGAGGCUACAAAUACCCUCGAUCCCCCGUGGACUUGAUACCUUUUUGUCCCACUAGCACUUGUCUUAUCGGCAGCUCUCACCUCUCUUCUUGGGUUAGGCAUUGGUUAUCAAUCGAGAAAGAGAGAAGGAGCGGAAAUCAUCAGCAAUGGCUCUACAAUCAACUACGCCUUCAAGCGGGGAGGGGUUCAGCGAGAAGAAUCUCGGGGUACCAGAGCGGGACGCGGAGCGGGGAUCUUCGACCGCAACAUCAAUUACCGGCGAUGCAGCAUUGGGGGAUCAGUUGGCCAAAGAAGUUCCCCCGCGGAACGUUACGGGAGUAUUGGUAUGUGCAUCCCCGAUAAAUCUAGUUGGUCGCGACUAAUGAUAUGGCAUCCAGUGGAUCCUCGUCGUGAUAUCAAUCCUCUCCUCAACAUUUCUCUUUGCUCUUGAUAAUACUGUCGUAUGUUCCCCCUUUGCCUACACGCUCCUGCAAAAGAGCUAACAAGCCAGGUCGCCGACAUCCAAGCAUCGGUGAUUGAAGACUUUGGCGAGAUCGAGAAGCUAAGUUGGUUGGGGAUCGCAUUCGUCCUCGCAGGGUGUUCUACAAUCCUUCCGUGGGGAAAGGCGUACGGUAUCUUCAACGCGAAAUGGUUGUAUAUCCUCUCCGUCCUGAUCUUCGAAGUCGGGAGCGCGGUAUGUGGUGCUGCGCCCAAUAUGAAUGCUCUCAUCGUUGGUAGAGCUGUUGCUGGUCUUGGGGUACUGUGCUGUCACUUCCAUUGCUGGUGAUUUUUGCUGAUGAGCGUAGGGUUCUGGAAUGUAUAUUGGUUCUUUGAAUUUGCUGUCCAUCACGACCACCGUUCAUGAGAGACCGGCUUAUAUCGGCGCUACUGGAUUGAGUAUGGCUCCCCCCCACUCUUCGAUUCUACCGCAAUGUUGGUACUAAUUCUGUAUAGCGUGGGGCCUCGGAACGGUCCUUGGGCCCGUCGUCGGCGGUGCUUUCUCUGAAUCUUCAGCAACUUGGCGUUGGGCAUUCUACAUAAAUCUGCUGAUUGGGGCUGUCUUUGCUCCUGUCUACGUGGUGCUCCUCCCCUCGGCCGACCCCCAGCCCAACACCCCGUACGUGGCGCGCACUAAGCAGUUGGACUGGCUCGGCGUUGUCCUGAACAUCGGCUCUUUCGUGUCUCUGAUAAUGGCAAUCAACUUUGGCGGCACGCUCUACGCGUGGGACUCUGCCCAGGAAAUCGCUCUAUUCGUCGUCGGCGGCAUCCUCAUCAUCGCGUUUGCUGUGACUCAGGCGUACUCCGUCCUCACUACCCCCGAGCAGCGCCUCUUCCCUGGUGAAUUUUUACGAGAGCCGUUUUUGGUCUUGCUAUUCGCCAUGAUGGCUGCUGCCUCCACUGCUAUCUUCGUUCCCACAUACUACAUCCCGCUCUACUUCCAGUUCGUCAAGGGGGAUACAGCUUUGGAAGCUGCUGUGAGAUUGCUACCGUUCAUUAUCAUUAUGGUGUUCUUCUGUAUCGUUAAUGGUGGGGCUAUGUCGAAGACCGGGUAUUACGCCCCUUGGUACCUCUUCGGCGGUGCGAUGGUCCUGAUCGGCGGAGCACUCAUGUACACUGUCGAGGAAACCACGACUACCGCUAAAAUCUACGGAUACACCAUUCUUAUCGGAAUCGGUUCAGGUUCUUACAUUCAAGCUUCCUUCUCCGUUGCCCAGGCAAAGGUCAAGCCGGAGCAGCUACCCUUGGCCGUUGGGUACAUCUCCCUCGCACAAACCGGAGGAAUAGUGAUCGCGUUAGCUAUCUGCGGCAGUGUAUUUUUGAACGAGAGCGUUAAGGGCAUAACCCCUUUGCUGGAGGGCGUUCCCGCCGCAGCUAUUAAGGGCACAGUGGCCGGCAGCGGAAGCGAGCUGUUCAUGAAUCUCGAAGGGGAGACGAGACAGAAGGUCUUGCACGCGAUUAUCAUGGCCAUGGAUAAGAAUUACAUCCUCUUGAUUGUAGCAGGAGCGAUGACGGUUAUUGGAUCGCUUUUUAUGAAGGUUUGUCACUGCACUUUCCCCUCAUCCUACAAUAUAUGAAUACUUACAAUCGUGUGCGGUAGUGGGAGAAACUCUUUUUGGAGGCUGGACAUGCUGGUUGAGCUGAACAAGACCCGACUUCUAUACACGAUAGAGAGCGCGAAAACGGCGGACAAGAUAUAGGCGCGGCAUUGGGGUUCGCCUAUUUGAUUUACUGGCGUUCAUAUUUUCCUCUCUUUAUUUUUUUUCCUCCUAAUGAUACCUUGGACGAAAUGAUUAGAUUUUAAAUACCUGUAUCUUACUGUGCUCGUGUAAUGAAAUUCUCUAAUACCGCUGU